GAAAAAACAUUAGCCUGACUGGUAGCUCUGCUCAUUGCUCUGUUUUCUUCCUCCCCAAGACCAUAUAGAGUAUUCUCUAACAAGAUUCAAAUCAGAAUAUUAAAAAUUUGUUAACAGUUGCUUUUCUCAGAAGCCACUCAUUUUCUCCUUGUAUCUUUUUCAUGUUGUAGCCAUUAAAGCUUCCACCUAUUUCCACACGAGAACUCGUUUGCUUCUCACGGAAAAGCAAUACCCAAAAGUCUCUACUUUUUUCCCCUUAUAUAAACCCCUCUCUUAAUUUCACUCUCUCUUCACCUCUGCAACAAUUUAUUAAUCAUGAAGUUUUUGUUGUUGAUGUGUCUGUUUCAGUUUCAUGUUAUUGUUAUUCAACAAUGUGGGGCAAUGCUUCACCCCAUUGAUUUCUUGGCUUUACAAGCGAUUCGUAAAACCCUGAACGAUUUACCCGGUUCGAGUUUUUUCGCUUCUUGGGAUUUUACUUCUGACCCAUGUAGCUUCGCCGGAGUUUAUUGCGCUGGUGAUAAAGUGAUCGCAUUGAAUCUGGGUGACCCGAGAGCUGGGUCGCCGGGCUUAAUCGGAAGGUUAAACCCGGCUAUUGGGAAACUCUCUGCUUUAGCUGAGUUCACUGUCGUCCCCGGUAAAAUAUUCGGUGCAUUGCCGGAAAGUUUUUCACAGCUGAACAACUUAAGGUUUCUCGGAGUGAGUCGGAAUUUUCUAUCUGGACGUAUUCCGGCAGGUUUAGGUAAACUCCGGCGACUUCAAACGCUUGAUCUUAGUUUCAAUCAACUCACCGGAAACAUUCCAUGGGCUGUCGGAACCCUCCCGGCGCUCAACAAUGUCAUUCUCUGUCACAACCAUUUAUCCGGUUCAGUACCGCCGUUCGUAUCCCUUCGAUUGACCCGGCUUGAUCUUAAACACAAUGCUCUUUCCGGUUCACUAUUGCCAAUGUCACUUCCUUCUUCACUUCAAUACCUCUCAUUGUCAUCGAACCAGUUAACCGGUCCGGUCGACCAUUUACUAACUCGGUUGAACCGUUUGAACUAUCUCGACCUUAGUUUAAACAGGUUCACCGGUUGUAUCCCGGGUAACUUAUUUAGAUUUCCAAUAACAAAUCUUCAGCUUCAAAGAAACCAAUUCACCGGUCGAAUUUACCCGGCCGGUUUAGUAACAAUUCCGGUUGUGGACCUUAGCUUCAACCGGUUUUACGGCGAAAUAUCGCCGUUAUUCUCCGGUGUACAGAUUUUAUACAUGAAUAACAACCGGUUCAUGGGUCAGGUUCCGGGGAUCAUGGUAGACCGGUUGUUAUCGGCUAAUAUACAUGUUUUAUAUUUGCAACAUAAUUUUCUAACCGGAAUAGCUAUUAACCCGGCGGCUGAAAUUCCGGUUCGGAGUUCAUUGUGUUUGCAGUAUAAUUGCAUGGUUUUGCCGGUUCAGACCCCUUGUCCGUUAAAAGCCGGGAAGCAGAAAUCCCGGCCCACGGCUCAGUGUGGACAAUGGAAGGGGUAAAAUAGACAACUCAUAAGUUUUUUUUUUUUUGGAGGAUUUAUUGAUUAAUUUUGAAAUUAAAGGGUUAAAAAAAAUGUAGAGAAAGAAGAAAAAAUUAGAGUAAAAAAGGGUUAAGAGUUUUAAGCUUAGUUAUUUGUAUGUUUUUUGUUUUUUUUUUUGGUAUUUCUUGUAAUUAUAGACAUAUAUACUGAUUCACCUUAUUAAAAAUGUUGCAAUUUU